GAUUAAGUACCACAACAAGACUAUGUAAGUUUCAAGUUUAUACUUGCCAAUAACUGCUGAAGUUUUACUUAUUAACACCGAAUGAAAUUGUUUUUAGAUACUUCUUGACGCCAUCAGGAUCAUCAGAAAGGUUAUAGAAUUUGCAAAAGGCUUUGUUGACAAAUCAAAAGAAUUGAUCGACUUUGCUGAAAAGGCUUCGAACAAAAUAGAAGAAGUGGCAGCUUCGGGAAAAGCAGCUUUGGAAGCCAUUGCAAAAUACACUAGAGAAAACAUAAUCAACAUACAUCAUAUCUGCUUCAAUACAAGCCUUGAAGAAGCCAAGUCUUCAUGUUUUGGAUUGAAAGUUAAUGUCACUUUAGGUGGCAGUAAAAAUUUCAAUCUUGACACUAAGGCAUGUUUAGAUGUCAGUUUUGUGAAGAAUAUUGGAAAAGCAAUAGCUGAUCAGUUGUUUCCUGGUAUAAAUACAAUUAAAGAAAAGAUAAAACAAGUUCGAGAUUAUAUGAAAGAUCAUCAAGACAAAGAAAAAGAAAUGGGAAAACUGCAAUCUGAGGCAAAAAAAGAAGAAAAUGAAUUAGAAGGGGUUUUAGCUAAAGGUGACUUAAACUCGGAAGAAGAUGAUGGAAAAACGAAAAAGCAAACGUUUCCUACACCAUUUAAUGAAUCGAAUAUCAGACAUCAAAUUUAUGGUGCUUUGCCAGCAGUUACCAUUCGUGAUGACAUCACGUUGGAUGCUAUGGAAACACGAUCUCCAUGGGCAUUUUCUAAACAUGAUUCACCAUUUGCAUCUACUAGAGAAUAUGACGAGAAAGUGAAUCAGGAAAAUGAGGAGAAUUACCAAAAGGAAGACAUACCGACAGGUGAAGAAACUUGUUUCACUAAGAGGGGUUUCACAACUCAUAUUUAAGCCCGGGCUGAGUUUUCACCCGGACUUAACCCAGCCCUGUCUGAGGUUAAUUUCUUGCAUAUGUGUACAACUCAUAGGCAGGUUAAAAUUUCACUUCAGUAUGAAAUUCGAUAAAAUCGUGCAGUAAAUAGAAUUUUUCUUCUGGCCCGGGUUGAAAUGCAGCAAUAUACUGAUGACAAUGAUGCAACGAUAAGUCAAAUUACGCAUAACAGGAGAAAUAAAACUUGUUAAAAGUUUGUGUUGAACACUUUUCGCGAAAAUAAUGCGUAAAGAAUCUAGCCAAGGCACUGUUUCAGCUCAAUGUAGCUUCACUUAGUAAAGCUACGUAGUAGUUGUCCAAGUUGAAUAAUCAAUGCAACAUGGGUCUGGAGAACGAGACUAGUAGCAGUUAAAACUAAGGAAAGUGUAGUUAUCAUUAAAAUAAUUUCUUAAAUUUU